AUGGCUGCAGAUGUGAAUUCAUCGUUUUCCUUUGAUGGGUUCGCAAAAUCUCCGAGCUUUGACAAGAACGUUGCUCUGUUCGGAGAUUCGAAGCUGGAGAACGACAGUUCUUCGAUUCAGCUGACUGACUCAGUGAGUGGAAGCGUGGGACGAGUCGUUUACAGGAAACCCAUCAAGCUCUUCCAAGGUAAACAGAGGAAUUCGGAAUCUUUCUCGACUUACUUCUCGUUCUCGAUGCCGAACGAGAUUGGUGAUGUCUUGGCUUUUGUAAUGGUUCCAAGUAGUUUGGAUCUUAGUCUGUUUGGUAAGAAAGAUAACAGUUCCUCUGCUUUAGGGUUUCUAUUACAACACGCAAAGAACAAGAAAGUUGUCGCUUUUGAGUUUGAUAUAUCCGAUAGAGGAAACAGUGCAAGAAUCUUGAUUGGUAGGCCUGAAUCUGCUGAAAUUAGAAACCUUUCGUUUGAGGGUGACUUGGUUAUGAACAGUGGAGGGAGGUUGAGCUGUAUGAUUGAGUAUGAGGCAAGUUCCAAGAGAAUGAUGGUUCGGUUCAGAAAAUCCGGUUCGGUAAAGCUGUUCGAUCCGUUCUUCUCUUUCUCGGUAGACUUGGCCAAGUUAUGGAAAAACGGUGAAGUCACUGUGGGUUUAAGCUCUGCCAAUGGGAACUCUUCCAAGGCACAUUUUAUCCAUUCGUGGAGCUUUGAGAUUAGGCAUCUUCCUCCGGCGUGGAUGCAUUCAGUGCCACUUUUACCGAAUGAAGAAGCUUUGAAGGUUAACAGUAUUACGGAGGAGGAAGAAGGUAGAGGGAGAAGUGAGUGUAUACGGAGAAUGCUUGGUGCGUUGGUGUUGGGUGUUGGAUGUGGAAUCUUAGGGGUAAUGUUGGCUUUGUAUCUCUGGACAAUAUGUGGUGUGAGGCAGUCAAUGGUGGUUCCAGAGAAAUGUCCUGUGAAAACAGUGAGUGUUGUGGUGGUUGCUGUUGAACAAGGCAACAAGUAG